AUGUCAACAGGCUCAACUCCAAGUGAUCCUGAGGACGACGAGAUAUUCCAUGGAAGUGUCUCUGCAAAUCUGAGGAAAAUUACCCACCUCAGUACCAGGCGGUAUUUGGACAAAGAGCUGGAAGAUGAGGGUGUGGAGAGGAGGGUCCAGCAGGACCACAGCAGGCUCUCCAAGUCCCACCAGAAGGAGUCAAGGCAGUCUCAGAGGAAUGCUGCCAACGCUCGGGAGAGGGCGAGGAUGAGAGUGCUCAGCAAAGCUUUCUCCAGACUGAAAACGAGCCUGCCCUGGGUUCCCGCAGACACCAAAUUGUCAAAACUGGACACACUGCGUCUCGCAUCCAGCUACAUCUGUCACCUCAGACAGAUCCUGCAGGAGGACCGGCUGGAGGACAGCUUUGCACAUCCAGUCAAUCUGACAUGGCCCUUUAUCACGACAGGAAGAUCAGAGGAGGACAUCUCAUCCGCUGUAAGACUUUGUGGUGCUACAGCGUAGUCAGUCUCUUUUCAUUAAGCAGCUCACCAAGAAAGCACCUCCAGAACUGACUCUGAGAUUUGCUUUCAUGUUCAAGUGUCUGCAUGUUGUGGUUUUGUAGUUAAACGACUCUUGACUAGGAACUGCAAUGUGUUAUUGUGUACAUGUGUUGUGCUUUGUUUAUUAGCUGUUUAGGUGUUUUUGAAUUAUAUUUUAAUUGGAAGUUUUUUUUUUUACUUCUCUGUUCACUGAAUCAGAGCAUCAUUAAAUAGCAUGAGUUUGAUUUAACAUCAGUAAACAAACUGGUUUAUGGUAAAUACACAAAGC